CAGCAUUGGUAGAAGGCCACUGAAACACUCCCAGAUGGUGCAGAACCGAGGCAGCGUCUUUCUUGCAACCGAUGCCCCUGCCUAGUUACGUGGCCCUCUUGGAAGGAGGAUCAGAAAUGGAUGACUGCGUGGACACCCUGAAGGACGAAGAGGACGCCCUGUGGGAGAAUGUCGAGUGCAAUCGCCAUAUGUUGACCCGCUACAUCAAUCCGGCCAAGCUGACCCCGUACCUGCGCCAGUGUAAGGUCAUCGAUGAGCAAGAUGAAGAUGAGGUGCUCAACUCGCCGAUGCUGCUCUCCAAAAUCAACCGCGCAGGCCGACUGCUGGACAUACUUCAUACCAAAGGAGAGAGGGGUUAUGUGGUUUUCCUGGAAAGCCUUGAAUUUUACUACCCGGAGCUCUACAAAUUAGUGACAGGGAAGGAACCGACACGACGGUUUUCCACCAUUGUUGUAGAAGAGGGCCAUGAAGGCCUCACUCACUUCCUGAUGAACGAGAUCAUCAAGCUGCAACAGCAGGUCAAAGCCAAGGAUGCCCAGCGCUGCGAGCUCUUAGCCAAGUGCCGUCAGAUGGAGGAGGAGCUGAAGCACCUGAAGCUCAACAAGAUAGAACUGCUGACCUUCCAGGAGCGGUACAGCAAGAUGAAGGAGGAGCGGAACAACUGCAACGACGAGCUGAUCAAGGUGAAGGACGAGAACUACAACCUGGCCAUGAGGUACGCCCAGCUGAGCGAGGAGAAGAACAUGGCCGUGAUGAGAAGCCGAGACCUUCAGCUGGAGAUUGACCAGCUGAAACACUGGCUGAAUAAAGUGGAGGAAGAAUGCAAACUGGAAAGGAAUCAGUCUUUGAAGCUCAAGAAUGACAUUGAAAACCGGCCAAAGAAGGAGCAAGUUCUGGAACUGGAGCGGGAGAAUGAGAUGCUGAAGACCAAGAUACAGGAGCUGCAGUCCAUCAUUCAGGCUGGGGAACCCAGCUUGCCAGAUUCCGACAAAGCCAUUUUGGACAUCCUGGAGCAUGACCGGAAGGAAGCCCUGGAAGACCGCCAGGAACUGGUCAACAAGAUCUUUAAUCUCCAGGAAGAAAUCCGGCACGCAGAGGACCUGCGAGAUAAGUACCUCGAGGAGAAACAAGAGCUGGAGUUAAAAUGCUCGACUCUGGGGAAGGACUGCGAAAUGUACAAGCAUCGCAUGAAUACGGUGAUGAUACAGCUGGAAGAAGUGGAGAAGGAGAGAGACCAGGCAUUCCGUUCCCGUGAUGAGGCACAAACCCAGUAUGCCCAGUGCUUGAUCGAGAAGGACAAAUAUCGGAAGCAGAUCCGGGAGCUGGAGGAAAGGAACGACGAACUCCGGAUCGAGGUGGUCCGGAAGGAGGCCUGCAUCAUCAACCUGGAAUGCAAGCUGAGGCGCCUCUCUAAGGACAACUGCUACGACCAGAGUUUACCAAGGAAUCUGCCCCUCACAGUGAUCUCCCAGGCUCUCGAGAUCCCCUGCCCCAAAACCAACGGCCAGGAGGCAGAUGACUCUUCCACAUCUGAGGAAUCCCCUGAAGACAGCAAGUUCUUUCUCUUGGAUCAGCCUCGAUUCCGGAGACGGAUGAACCUGAAGGGCAUCCAGCUGCCAAGAAUAAAAUCCCCCGUCAGAUGGAGCAAAGCAUCAGAAUUUCAAGCAGUUCGAGGAAACGACGAAGACCGAGGAGACACCAGCAGCAACCACACGGACCCCAAUUCCUCCAACUCUGUUUCCAUCAGCACCUCGGUGGGCAGCUGUGAAGUCGGCAAAAUUCAAACGCUACGGAGUCGCAACCCAAGCCUCAUGUCCACAACCCCGGAGCCUCCAGGGAACGACUCCAUCGUCCGGCGUUACAAAGAAGACGCGCCCCAUACCAGCCUGACGGAAGAAGACAAUGACAGCUUUUGCUGCGACGGCUUGGAGUUAGACGAUGACUUCCAUGACAGGUAUUCCUCGCUGCCUUCCUCAACGUCUUCCCACCAGUCCGAGGGGCUGGACAUUGAGCAAGUCAACUCCAUUUUCAGGAAGUUCUCCCUGGAGAGGCCGUUCCGUCCCUCGGUAACGUCUGUCGGACGGCUCCACAACACGUUCCAUGCCAUCCAACAGAUUGUCUUGAACGGAGACAGCCUGAGCUCGGAGAUCACUCUGGUGGGGGGAAACAUCAAAGGGAGCUUUGUCAACUCUGUCAAACUUGAUUCCCCAGCGGAGAAAGCAGGCCUUCGGGAGGGCUAUCAGCUGCUUCUGGUGGAAGGGUGCAUCAGAGGGGAAAAUACAAGUGUUUCCUUGGAUACCUGUACAAAGGAAGAGGCUCACUGGAUCAUUCAAAGAUGCAGUGGACCAGUGACACUGCACUGUAAAUCGAACCUGGAAGGUUAUCGGAAGCUGCUGUCCGAGAUGGAAGACGGGCUGAUCACCUCAGGGGACUCCUUCUACAUCCGCCUGAACCUGAGCAUCUCCAGCCAGGUGGACUGCUGCUCCCUGUCGGUGAAAUGCGACGAAAUCUUGCACGUUCUCGACACCAUGUACCAGGGGAAGUGUGAGUGGUUCUGUGCCCGGGUGGAUCCGAUCACCGACAAGGACCUGGAAACAGGGACCAUCCCCAACUGCAGCAGAGCCCAGCAGCUUCUGCUAGUGAAGCUGCAGCGACUCAUGAACAAAGGCAGCAGGGAUGAAACAGACAGUUCCUACGGCACGCUCCGAACACCUCGGAACACUCUGCAGCCAGAGGAUCACACGCCUCCAAAUGACUCUAAAACUAGUCCUCGCCUGUCCCGAGCCAGCUUCCUUUUGGGCCAGAUCUUGCAGUUUGUCAGCAGGUCUGAAAACAAAUACAAGCGCAUGAACAGCCACGAACGGGUGCGCAUCGUCACUUCGAAAGACGGCCGUCCCAAAUCGGAGGGACAACCGGUCACGAAGGCGCUGUUGGACAGAUUUGAAGAGUUCGACUCAGUGAGUGAGAUCAACAGAAGCUUCAGCCUGAUCCCUUACAGCUCCGUGAGACCCACCCACUGCGACCGCCGGCGCCCGGUCCUCUUCAGCCCCACGCUCCUUUCCAAGACCUUCAUCCAGAAGCUACUCAACUCUGGGGGGGCCCUCGAGUUCAACUUAUGCAAGCCAGAUAUCAUAACAAAGGAAGAAUUCUUGAGGAGAAACAUGACAGAAGCAAUUAUAUAUUCCCGAGAAAGGAAUCCACACACCUAUGAAUGUAUUUUUCCUGCAAAUAUUGAAGCUGUCGCUGCCAAGAACAAACACUGUCUGCUUGAGGUUGGCAUCGGCUGCACGAAGGAUUUAAUCAAAGCCAAGAUCUAUCCCAUUGUUCUCUUUAUUAGAGUCUCCGAGAAAAACAUCAAGAAGUUCAGGAAGCUGCUACCGAAGCCGGAGAUAGAAGACGAGUUAUUACGGAUGUGCCGUCAGAACGAGAAGGAACUGGAGGGCUUGCCUUGCCUUUAUGCCUCCUUGGAAGCAGACACCUGGAGCAGCAUUGAGGACCUCCCCCGGAUAAUCAAGGAAAAGGUUUGGGAGGAACAGCAGAAAACCAUCUGGAUCGAUGAGGACCAGUUGUGAAGCACAGAGCCAGCCUGGGCCCUGGAUCCUGCUUGGUACCCACAGUGCCAACGGCUUUGAGAAACCCCUGAUGUGGUCCCGAUCCAUCUUUACCAGCUGCUGGGGACUUUCAGCAACCGGCAGGAUGCUGAGCGUGAGAGAGGAAUAAAAGCACCCCCAAACAGGGGCCGUUCAGCGGUGGGGACCCCGGAUGCGAGUUGGGAUUCUGGCCGGGAUUCUGCCACCGGAGAUCUUCCCUGCUGGAGGGAUGUUUGGCCAUCAAAGAGACGUUUGACACAGCCUAAUAUUUCAGUUCUCAGAGUGCAAGAAGCUUCGGUGUCGCUAGGGAAGACACCAAGCCCACCAAGCCCAUGUCUUUGGAGAGGCAGAUGCAGCCCGAUGAUUGUGGCGGGGUGGCAUGCUUCGAACUCAAAGCAUGCAUUUCACAGGAGAGAUUUAGCCUGCAGCAAAAUGACUCCUGGGCCACAUCUUCACUACAAAAUAUAUUCCCGUUUUCUGCCAGUGUGUUAGGGCUUUUGCCAACGAAUCCUAAGAAUAAAUGAUCUUGGUUAGGGCAAAGAAUGAUCCCUAGCAGCCUUCCUUUUCCCCCAUAUGGCAUUACCGUUCCCAAUGUUCCUACAGGAUUGGGAAUAACUGCUGCAUACAAUUGCAACAAGAGCUUUGCAGUUUCCCAUUUUCACACCGAAGACAGAAAUUGCACCAAGACCGAACUAUUUCCCAGAAACAGCAAAUACGUGCUGUCCCCUCCCACCACCCCCCACCCCACACUGCCUGCCACCAGCUCCUUGUAGUGCCGUAGUUUCCCUACUCUGGCACCAUUAGUUCCCCCAGUGACUGCUGCUCACUCCACUUUGUCCCAUGGGCAAUCCCGCCCAAUCAGGGAUCACACCACUCCAGAUGACAUCACAACUGAGCCUAGCCAAUCAGUUAUGGCAAUGUGAUUACAGUGCUGAUUGCGGCCAUGAGCCCGGGAAAAGCAGAAGGUAUGUUUCCAAGAGGCGCUGAGCACUUCUCAAGACAGGAGUUGUUUUUCGGCACUGCUGAAAGUGUUAACAAAGCAACAGCAAAACUCCACCUGCUAUUUUGCCAGAGAUCUUCUGUUAGUUCAUAAGCCAGGCAUGCCCUGAUCCAUGGAAACUCUGACCACCUGUCGUCUUACGGGAGGAAAAUUUGCCUGGCACUGCAGCAGUGUGGUCCCUCAUCCCUCUGGGGCUCAGUGGGCAUACACAGGGCUAAAAUAAAUCGAGGUUGCGCAGCUGUGCCUGGCAGAUUGCAUCCCAUGUCUGCAGUAGACGAGCACUAUUUCCAUCCAGCCCUUUGAAGAAUACAGAUUGCCAAAGGCUUUGUUGCUGGCAGCUAAAACAAUUCCCCCACUUUAAAAUCUUAAAUUAAGUGGCGAGUUUUCCACAUACCCAUAGCAAGCUGCCUUGUCACUUGACAUAUUUUCUUCUAUAAAAACAUUUAU